AGCCCGGAGCAGCAUCCUCACUGUCGGACUGAGCAGGCGGAUGGAGCGGAGGGACGACAAACUUAAAAACGGUCAAAGCCGGACAAAAUGUAAGCCUCAACAAGUGCAGUCUGGACGGCUACAGAUAUUUUUUAAUACUUUAAUAUCUCUCUUUGUCUUUAUAUCAGUUAUAAAUCCUUUUUUUGAGCGCCGGCGUUUACAUGUCUUUUGCUCCGGAUGAAUGUUUGAUGGAUCUCUGGCUCUGUAACCGUUAGGAUGGAAGAAACAAAGAGGAUGGAUGCACCCGGAGAACACACCAACUGUUAGCGUUACGGUGUUUUCAUUCUUCAUUUUUUAAAUCCAUCUUUAACUUCAAAAUGAACGUGUUUAACUCAUUUAAAUAGUUUUUCACCAGCUAAUGUUGACUUUACGUUCCGGACGCCGCCGCUAACUAGCUUAAAUUUCAAAAAGUCUAAAGCUGACUCGGUUAAAUUCGGACUCUUUCGGCUUCCUUGUGGAUUUCGCCCUUUUCCUUCACUCAGACUUCACAGGUGGAGCUCAUCAGGGCAGAGUGAACCUGUCUUGGCUGUUUUUGCUCCGCAAAACUUCACCAAGGAUCUUUCCACAACUGAUAGAUGUGUCUCAUUUGGAGAAGUGAGGCUGUGUGCAAGGUGGGAGUUGCGUGGAUCUCAGCACAGCAGCCCUGUGAAUGGAAAAGAUGAUGCUGAUGUUGCAUACUUAAGGUAAGCCUCCAGUUUGAAGAUGACCCAAGGGCCAAACCUCGUCCUACAGUGGCUGUCCAAGCUCCAUCUGGCCCACUAUAUGGAGUCGUUCCUAGACAAUGGCUACGACGACUUGGAAGUUUGCAAACAGAUUGGGGAGCCAGACCUGGAUGCAAUUGGCGUCCGCAUCCAGUAUCACAGACACAGACUGCUUGCAGCGGUGGAUAUACUAAAAGAGCAGGAUAAAAUGAAAUCACCAGGCUACUAUUUCACCUUAGAGCCUCUGGACGCUUCUACCUGCCACACACACGACUUCAAGGCUCCGAGGUCGCAAAACGUUGGAAAACAUGAGCCAUCCUGCCCUGGAAACCAUAACCUGAGGUUCACAGAGUGCAAUGACUUUGUGACUUAUCCCAAACUGAAACUGAAGGUGCUUAUAAGGGAUAAACUUGCAAAAGAUGGCAUCAACCUGGGACAAGCACCUUACACCCACAAGGAUGGCUCGGUGGGGAACCUUGACGACCUGGCUCAGGAGUACUCGCGGUAUUACGGCACCUCCCUCAGCGACGUGUGUGAAAGGAUGGAGGAGUUACGGAAGCGCAAAGUAGUGCAAGAUUCAGAGAUGGGAAAGGUUGACUCAGCGGCCACAUCACUGCAGCUCCGCUCUCAGAUCCAGGAAUCCCUGGGACUCAACAGUACGACAUCAACUCCAGAGACCGAGAGAAGGUUUCCUGUGCACAAAUCCAGCUCGGAUGAUGGAUCAGGAGGAAAAUUGGAUGGAAAGAGAAAAAGCAAGUCUUUUUGGCAGAGUUUCCGAAAGUCACAGAAGGGGGUGAUGCGUCAGAUUUCUAAAGGUGAUGAUGUUGGCUUUGUGGCCAGUGAGAUUACGAUGAGUGACGAGGAGCGAAUUCAGCUGAUGAUGAUGGUGAAGGAGAAUAUGAUCUCUAUAGAGGAAGCCCUGGCUCGGCUGAAGGAGUUUGAAGUACAAAACAGACAAACAUGCAAGCCUGAUCUCACAGAGUGGACCGAGCCCUGCGGUCCCAACACAAACGAGCCGCUCAGCUGCAACCCCUGUGACCUGUCAGACAACGAACAGGAAGAAUCCGUGACAUUCAGGAGGCUCCAUAAACUGGUCAACUCGACUCGGAAAGUGAAGAAGAAGCUGAUCAGAAUUGACGAGUCCAAGAGGCCCGGAGCAGAGGAGAGCCUGAAUGUAGAUCUUUCCUGUGGAGAUGCCAGCCUCUCUCUGUAUUCAGGUGUGCAGAGGAAGCCUGCCGUUUGUCCCGUGGACUCGCUGGCGUCAGCUCUGCAGGAACAACUCGCCUACGACAGGGACUCGGACAGCCUGACCACCUCCCCCUCCUCCAGCAGCCUGGACACCUGCAGCAGCCAGAAGAUCUUCCAGGCCUUCAGCAAGUCUAGCGGGAGUCCCGGUCACCAGCAGACCGGCGUAGCAGCAGCAGACGUGAGGGAGGCAGCCGAAGAAAGCGGCUCUUCCUUUUCUGAAAUGGAGGGCUGCAACGAGGAGGAAAGCAAAAUUGCUCGCUCGGUGACCGACGGGGAGCUUCGCGACCGGGUUCUCAACCCACUCAGCCACCAUGGGAGAGCUUGUAGCUUUGGGGGAUUUGACCUGACCAGCCGCUCAGGGCACGCCGUCAUCUCUGACAAUGAUAACACUAGCAAAGAUGGAGAAGGUGGAGUGAGAGACGGUGUCAAGUCUCCACAGAUGUCCCGUAUUUCGCUGGGCAAAAAAGUCAAGUCUGUGAGAGAGACGAUGAGAAAACACAUAUCCAAGAGAUACCACAGUUCUCUCUCUGAACAGUCAAGCCCAGACCGUAUAUCCAGCUGCCCUCACUCGCCUCAGACAGACUCUGACUCUUUGGAAAAACCCAAACUGAAGCCCGGAGGCUCUGUGGAAAGCCUGAGGAGCUCCCUCAGCGGACAAAGUUCCAUGAGUGGUCAGACGGUGGGCACCACUGACUCGUCCAACAGCAACAGAGAGAGUGUGAAGUCAGAGGAUGGAGAGGAGGAUGAGCUGCCUUACCGCGGACCCUUCUGUGGACGAGCUCUGGUUCAUACCGACUUCACCCCGAGUCCCUACGACACCGACUCCCUCAAACUGAAGAGCGGCGACGUCAUCGACAUCAUCAGCAAGCCUCCGAUGGGAACGUGGAUGGGGAUGCUCAACGGCAAAGUCGGCACCUUCAAGUUCAUUUAUGUGGAUGUUCUGAACGAAGAGGAAGUGAAGCCCAAGAAGACACGCAGGAGGAGGAAGGCCCGGCAGCCCAAACCCACCUCUGUGGAGGAACUGCUCGAUCGCAUCAACCUCAAAGAGCAUCUCCCCACCUUCCUCUUCAACGGCUACGAGGAUCUGGACACGUUUAAGUUGCUCGAGGAGGAGGACCUGGACGAGCUGAACAUCAGAGACCCUCAGCACAGAGCCGUGCUGCUGACCGCUGUGGAGCUGCUGCAGGAGUAUGACGGGAGCAGCGACCCAGAGCGAAACAGUCCGUCUGGAGGCUCGCAGGAGAAGCUGCUGCUGGACAGGCGUGGCCUCUUAGGAGAUUCCCCCCGAGACUCGGGCUGCUACGAGAGCAACGAGAACCUGGAGAAUGGAAGGGACAAAAAGACACCUUCAGCCAUGAGCAGGUCCUCAUCUGGUUUCGAGUCCAGCCACCUCCCGUCCCCAGAGUUCCCCGUCUUCCCAGUCUCCUUGACCUCCACCUGCCCCAGUAAGACUUCACUCCAGAGUAAACCCAAGUACCUGCCAUGUGUCCUACUGUCACAUAGACCCCCUAAGAACAGCUUAAGACUAUUAAGCUCGGCAAAAGGUCAUAUUCCCAGGAGUCAAAGCUGUGUGGAGCUAAGAAGAAGCACAGCACCGAGUCUGAUGCGACGCUGCUCCUCUCUGAAGGCCCUCUUCCUCCAAACGAGCAAACUCCUCAACCCUAAAGACUGGAAACAAAGCCUGAAGACUGAGGAGAGUGCACAGCACAUGGAAAAUCCUCAAAAGCUGAAAUUUACUGCCAUGUCUCCACCAUCCCAGACACCCUGCAAAGCUGUGUGCAGCACGUCAAAUACAGACAAAAGCAAAGUGUUUGAAACGGCGCCGAGCACAAACCUGGAGCCGCCACCCACAGUCCAGGCAGAAAGGUCUGAUCACCACGUAGCGACACCUUCCUCACCAAACCCACACCGAGAGCUCUCACAAACAGAAAGUACCCACAGGCACCACUGCACGGAUCACAUCUCUUCAGAGGACAAGAAGAGUCGCUCAGUUUCAGCCGCCGCUGAAGCCCGCCGGCUGAAAAUGAAAAGGAAUACAAAGAAAUCCAUCAACUCAGUAAAUCUGGAGCCUCACGUGGAAGAAAGACUCCAGUUACAGAGUCACGAUCUGAAACUGGAGCCGGUUUCUGUCAGGGUGGCGGCUUCAGACGUAAACUGAGGUGUCACUUUACAGCUGAUGUUUGAAAUACUGUUUUUUUUUUUUUUUCCCUUUCAAAUAACCGAUUAUUUCUCAAAAUGUAGCAAUGGGUUGGACAGACUGUGGUGUUACAUAAAUGUUUCUAUUACAGACGGAGCAACAGUUUUAAAUCAUGUUUAUGUACUGACCUUUUUACUGACACCUUAGUUCCUGUUUCAGAGUUCUACAUGGCUGAAUCAAUGCUGUACAUUAGCAUUUCUCUGCAGUGGAUCCUUUCAUCAAAACAAAACCUCCAUUAAUAAAUUACUCAUUGCUGGAUUCACUUUCAGAGCUUUUAAGUUUAAGAUGGAAUUUGCUCUGCUGUUGCCAUUGCUAAUAUGUCCUCACCUUAGGGGGCCUUUAAUUAAAUUAACUGUAUAUAAACAUGUACAGACUCUCCAUUACUAAAAACAGGUCGAUCCACAGACGAACAUGUGUAAAUAAGACAGUAAAGGAUGGCUAAAUUGAAUUUGGCUGCUUUAAUUUCAGCGUAUUGUGUGUAAUAUGCUGUGUGUUGCUGGGACAGAGUCAUGUUUAAUGUUAUUAGUAACAUCUGUGUCAAAAUAAAUGAUGAUUAGCAGGUAUCUAGCUUUUCUAAUAAUAGAAUUCAUGUUUCCAGAAAAAAGUAUUGACAUGCAUUUGAAGUAGCAACAGAAAAAUCACUGAAAAGUAUACUAGUGUAUUUGAUAAACAGUGAGAAGUGUUGACAAAGUCCACUAAUUGUUCUUAUUACAUUUAACAAUGAGGUUUUUAUUUCACAGCAGCUUCACAGGAUUAAAUUCAUAAAAUUUCUUUACAGUAAUUAGUUUUUUUCCUGUUUGUUAAUUUUAUUAAUAAAUCUUCUUUUACAUAUACAUUGUAAAAAUCCGUAAAA